AUGGAUGUCGAAACUGAAGAAGUCGAAACGGGUGAACCAGGUCCGGGGACAAUGAACACCGAAUCCGAUGAUGAUAUUCUAGAACUGAUGGAGCAGACACUUGAGGAGGAGCUGGCGGCAGACCUAGCAAGUACGGAUCUUGGGAAUGGUCAAGACCCUGACCACGAAGAACCUAUGGGAGAUGCACCAGAAGUAGAUGGCCAUCAGGAAGAGCAAGAUAUUCCGGAUGAACUUAUGACGGAAGCUCCCUUUACAGAGACUGGACCCAUACACAUCCAGCCUAUUCCUAAUACUCCUCCCAUCCCAAAUUAUAAUCCGACUAACACCACUACCGCCAUACAUACACCUACAUCCACUUCUAACUUUACCUCCAAUAUCGGUAUCUUAAGCCAGACUACUAUUGCCCCGCCAAGUAACCCAUAUAUGGGAAACGAGGAACUGGUAUUCGAAGCACCAGGGCCGAUAUUUGAAGAACCUAUGGUUGCCAGUAGUUCCGAUAUGGAAGAUACUCCUAUGGGAGAGGAUCCCUCUGUCGAGACUUCUCGAAAUAAGGCUCCACCUGUGCAGGUGCGACCUCAAGCCCCAGCCUUCUCUAGCAUUCCUAAAGCUUGGCUGCUUCCAUCAAAGCCACGGGAGGCGGCCAAGUUAGACCUCAGCGCCCUCAAGAAGACCCUCGAGGGCAAUAUAGAGGAGCGCUCAAAAGGAAGCAUCAUGGGACGUGGCGGGAAGCAAAGGGCUUUCGAUCAAGCAGCUGUGAAGGGAGCCCUCCUCCCUGACACUUACUACACGAUUGGUGCCGAGGGCUUGCCUCACAAGGAGACCGAUGGGCUUCCCUUUACAGAGAGUGAUGAUGAGCGUUUGAGUGCCACAAUGGAGAAGUUAGACACAGCAAGCAAGCACAACCGAGACGAGCAGAACAAGAAGAAUAUUCUGGUCGUGGAGGCCGAGGAGAAGUUGAAGGAGGGGUGGCAAAAGAAGAAGAACGACGCAGACUUCCAAUCACUAAUGAAAUUAAAGAAGCGACCUGCCAACCCGUUUAUCGUUCCAAAGAGACCGAAGAAGCCGGCGGAUAAGCAGUAG